AUGGCUGCCAACUUUUCCAGAAUGGAAGCAAUCUUCUUGAUUUUACUUCGCAAUUUAGCUGGCAGUUCCAAAUGUGAUUUUUGUGAUAUCUUCAUUUGUCAAAAACGUGUAGGGCAUUCAGGAGUAAAUCAACUGGGCGGCGCCUUUGUGAAUGGCCGACCUUUGCCAGAUGCGGUGCGACGUAAGAUAGUGGAGAUGGCACAGGCAGGGGCUCGACCAUGUGACAUCUCGCGUAUGCUUCAGGUCUCCAAUGGAUGUGUGUCGAAGAUCCUCUGCCGCUUUUAUGAGACUGGUUCCAUUCGACCCAAAGCUAUCGGAGGUAGUAAGCCACGGGUUGCCACCGACGCAGUAGUUGGCAAAAUCGCCGAAUUGAAGCGAGAAUGCCCCUCCAUAUUUGCGUGGGAGAUUCGCGAUCGACUCAUUCGGUCUGGUGUCUGUGCACACAACAAUGUUCCCAGUGUGUCGUCCAUAAAUCGAGUUCUUCGUGGUCUCUUCAGCGAGGCGCAGCGACGAUUAAAGGAGUCUGCACUGCUGCCUUCGGACCCAAGUCAUCCCUACACGAUGCCACCUAACCUACGACUGCCAGUAGGCGAAACUUUUGGCCACUUCGGGACUCUUUACGCCUCCUCCUCGACUGUUGCCCCCCUCUCAUCAAGCGAACACCAAACAACUCCAACUACACCGACGCCUCCAGCGAUGCAUAGUCGAGUGAACCAUUUUUUGCAGCCUACUGUCACUUGGCCUUCAUGGUGCUCUGCAGAUAGCCCUACUGCUCUCGAUAAACCUCACUUUUACUACCACUCGCAUAGAAGCGUCAACUGCGCUACUGUUGAUUCCAAUACUUACACACAGCUACUAACAGUUUCGAAUCCUCCUCAAGUCCCGCCAGAGGUAUCAGUGACGCUAGGAAAGGCGGUUGCUUGUAAUGCUUCUCGUGAAUGCCCUCCCAUCAUCACACAGUGCCAAGGUACAGAAAUCCAAACAGGAGCACAGCACUACCCCUCAACAGUGGUCACGUCAGGUACACCAUCUUGUUUUGUCACCUCAUCACCUCCAGACGUUUGGACUCCUCCAGUCUCUUCUUUUGGUGCCUUGGAUUGGACUGGUCUGACACCUUGCCUCAAGCGAUCUACAGCUGACAGCAUUGAUAGCUUUAGCAGUGAGCCAGCUUCUCCUGUGACAUCUGAGGGGACUGAAAGGAAACUCCAGGUGCGCUCUCGCACCGCAUUUACGCAAAAGCAAGUUGCCAUGCUGGAACGAGAGUUUGAGCAAAGCCACUACCCAGAAUACUCUACGCGGGAGAGACUGUCAGAGGAGACAGGUCUGCCGGAAUCAAGGAUCCAGGUGUGGUUUGCGAACCGACGCGCAAAGUAUCGCAAGAGCUCGAGAACUACGGUGGUGGUGGCCAUGGAGGGAGCAGUUACGCCGCCUCUGCUACCGAGCAGGGUAGAGACUGCUCACUUCAAGGCAUUGACGUCAACGGACGCACCAAAGGCAGAGGCAAGUCAUUAUGAGGUGGACGACUCGCGUCAGUCCAAGGCUUGGUGCUACCACCCCUAUGACGCCUGGCUGGAUCGCUCCAACCAUCCAUGGUUCUACGAUAGCUCGGCUGCUGCUGCUGCUGCUGCUACCGUCUUUUACAACUCCUCGGUUAGGAGCCCCACAAGCCUAAUGCCGCCGUUUCACUCUACCAAUGAUGAGAUGGGUCAGAUUCAAGUGUCAUCACAACAGCCGCCUCCAAAUGAUCGGCCGCCUCUAAGCGAUAGCACUAGCACGGAGAGCGAAUGUCUCGGAAGCGGUGGCGAGAUAACUGAUUGCUCAGCACCAUUCCCCAUGUCCACAUGCACAGACUCCACUGUCUACUUUCAAAAUUCUCAAUCGAAAGUGAACUCGAGCUACACUUCUGCACAUCUUAAAAAUUCCAACCACAGUCUUCCACGGCAUCAUUUUAUGUAA